AUGUUUUCCCAGAAUUCAGACCUCAUUGUACAUCAGAGGAGUCAAAUAGAUGAGAAAUCCUAUGAAAAUGAAAUAUGUGGAAAAAUAUUCUACAAGAAGUCAUACUUCUCUGUGCAUCAGACAACUCACACUGGAGAGAAGUCCUAUGAAUGUGGGGAAUGUGGAAAAUCUUUCAGUCCCAAAUCAGUCUUGAGUAGACAUUGGAAAACUUAUACAGGAAAGAAACCCUAUGAAUGUCAACAAUGUACGAAAAUGUGCUCCCAGAAGUCACAUAUCACUGAGCAUCUGAGAACUCACACAGAAGAAAAGUCCUAUGAAUGUGACCAAUGUAGGAAAAUGUUCUCCUGCAAGUCAGAAGUCACUAAGGAUUGGAGAAGGCACACAGGAGAAAAACCCUAUGAAUGUGAACAAUGUAGGAAAAUGUUCUUCUUUAAGUCACAGCUCACGGAGCACCAGAGAACUCACACAGGAGAAGAAUCCUUUGAAUGUGAACAAUGUGGGAAAACAUUCUCCAGCAAAGGGUACCUCACUGUACAUAAGAGAAUUCACACAGGAGAAAAGCCCUAUGAAUGUGAUCAAUGUAGAAAAACGUUCUUCUGCAAGUCAGAUCUCAGUAAGCACUGGAUAAUGCACAUACAUUGGAGAACGCACACAGGAGAAAAACGCUUUGAAUGCAAACUAUGUGGAGAAGCAUUCUCCAGCAAGAGAUACCUCACUGUACAUAAGAGAACUCACACAGCAGAGAAGCCAUAUCAAUGUGAACAAUGUAGGAAAAUGUUCUCCCGGAAGUCACAACUCACUGUGCAUAGUAGAAUUCAUACAGGAGAGAAACCCUUUGAAUGUGAACAAUGUAAUAAAAUGUUCUCCCGGAAGUCGCUGCUCACUGUGCAUUGUAGAACUCAUACAGGAGAGAAGCCCUAUGAAUGUGAACAAUGUAGGAAAAUGUUCUCCUGCAAGUCAGAUCUCACUAGGCAUUGGAGAACGCACACAAGAGAAAAACAGUAUGAAUGUUUACAAUGUAGUAAAAUGUUCUCCCAGAAGUCACAGCUCACUGUGCAUAGUAGAACUCAUACAGGAGAGAAGCCCUAUGAAUGUUAACAGUGUAAUAAAAUGUUUUCCCAGAAGUCACAGCUCACUGUGCAUGGUCAAACUCAUACAGGAGAGAAGCCCUGUGAAUGUGAACAACGUAGAAGAAAGUUAUCCCAGAAAGCACACCUCACUGAGCAUCAGAGAACUCACACAGGAGAGAAGCCUUAUGAAUGUGAACAAUGUAGAAAAAUGCUCUCCUGUGAGUAAGAUCUCGCUAAGCAUUGGAGAACACACACAGGAGAAACACCCUAUGAAUGUGAACAAUGUAAUAAAAUCUUCUCCUGGAAGUCACAGUUCACUGUGCACAGUAGAACUCAUAGAAGAAAGAAGCCCUAUAAAUGUGAACAAUAUAGAAGAAAGUUCUCCCGGAAGGCACACCUCACUGAGCAUCAGAGAACUCGCACAGGAGCAAAGCCCUAUGAAUGUGAACAUUGUAGAAAAAUAUUCUCCUGGAUGUCUACACUCACUGUAUAUCAGAGAACUCAACACAGAAGAGAAACCCUAUGUUUCUGAACAAUGUGAUAACAACUUUUUCCCAAAAGUCACAUUUUACCACACAUCUGAAUACUCACUCUGUAAAGAAACAA